AUGAAAUCUAUUUUUUAUGUGCUUAGAUUUAUUAGUGUCUUCUCUAUCCAAUUUGAAAUGGAAAAUGAAGAGUGUGAUGUGUUUACUCUGGAAAGAGAGAGAAAUCUUCAGGAUCCACAAAAACCAAGUCCAGAUAUAAAUAUACCUGUACAGUCACCUUCUCAAAACAUGCUUGAAAGACUAAAGGAAUUAAGAAAAUGGCAAGAAAUGCAGCGAGAGAAACUUGCUACAGUCCAAUCCUAUAAUCUUGUUGCUGCUUCCUCCACUUCCAAAAGUCAGCUUUUAGAAGAAGCAGCCUCUAAUUUUCAUUUUAAAUCCCAGCCACCAAAGUACUCUGUAUUAUCUCAGGCUGAAAAAACAAAUGAAUCGGAUGCAUUAUCAACUCUGCCCCCUUCUGGUGUUCUACCUGCCGUAAAAGUCAAAGAAAAUCAUACUGUAGAGGAAGAAACAUGCUUGGACGGAUACACAGCAAGACACGUCACCUCACAGGAUGCAGUAAAUGUAUGUCACAAUACUUCAUGUACCGAUGAACUACCAGAAGAGAGUAUACUUAAUAUUGGUAUCUCUCAAAGAUGUCUGGAAUCAUCAUCUGAUCAAAAUAUACCAGAAAUAUGUAAUACUGGAUUCCACAAUGAGCAUCAAAAACUGGGUGAUACAAGAAGCCAACUCAAUCAAGUCAAGGAUAUUGCUAAGUAUAAUUCAGCCCAUGAGAGUGUAAAUGUACAAUCAUGUCUGUCACAAGAUAAGAGUUCACUUUGUGACAACUCUGUUAGUGAACAAAUUUUAGACAACCAAUUAGAGAGGGAAGUAAUGUAUGAAUCUCAGAAAUAUGGUUCUAACCCCAAAUUCAGUGCUUGCUUUUCAAAAAUAAAUGUUGAUAAAAAUGCAUCAAAUUUUAUCAUACCAGCUAGUAGCUGCAUUAGCAAAUUCAUUGUAGAACCUGACACUAAACCAAAGCCUAAGCACAGAUACUUAAGGAAAGGUGAGGGAACUGCAAGAUUUUCUAUGAAGCCAAUAAGAUUAAAGAAAACAAAAGCAUCAAUAGAUGAGAGGAAUAUUAAUGUCGGGAGUACAAUUCAAAAACAAGAAAACAUAGACGUUAACAAUCAAGAGUUUACAAGUGUCAAAACAUCUGUUGCUAAUGGUCAGGUAGUGGGAAGUUAUUUAAGAAAAACAGGCAACAGACCAAUAAGCAAACUUCAGUUGAAGAAUGUCCCAGAACCAAUAAUUCCAAAAUCAAGAAAUAAGAUAGAUAGAACAGAUCAUACAGUUUCACAAGAAGAAAGAUGCUAUCCGACUUUUUCAGAAAGACAUGAGCUUGUUACACAUUGUCCAAAUUUACAAUUUGAUAAACAGAGUAGAAAGGAACGGGAUGAACUGUCUGCUUUUGAGAAACUAGAGGAACUAGCAGAUGAUUCUAGUUUUUCCUCAAAUUCUUCCACAGUUUGGCAGCUGCUGCAACGUGGUCAACACUCUGCAACAUCUACUCCUUUGCGUUCAUCACCCCCCAUUCCAUCUCGGAGAGCCCUUUCUGAUAACUACAGUGACCAAGAGAAAUUUAAGAAAUAUGGUCAGGAAUGUAGCAAUGUUUGCAUUAAUUUACUUGACAGAAUACAAAAACCUAGUGUAGACAAUGGGGAGUCUUCCUCACAGAGACAGCAGGUAGUCUUAAAUAUGAGUCAGGUACUUGAGCAACUGAGAGCAAUUGUCAAAUUAGAAGAACUUAAUGUAUCAGAAGCUGAAAUUCAAACAUUUUUAGAGAGUUUUUCUGAUCAACACACAAGUAUAUCUCAUGAAAUGGCCUCACAAUUCGCAACAAGUAUGUGGCCUGCUUUUACCAAUCCCACAAGUACACCAGCUCCUUGGCAGUCCCAACCCCAACUUAAACCACACGUACACUUCAGGGAUGAGGGGGUUGAGGUUUUAGAAUAUGAACUUUCUGAGAGUGAUAGAGAGGAUACAUUGACUGAUACUCCUUCCAUUAUUGUAGAUGACAGUGACCUAGUCACAACAUCAGAUUUGGAGGCUUUGGUUCACUUCAAUGCUCAGCAAUUAUUAAAGAAUAUGCCUCAUACUCAAAUGGCUGAUUUAAACCAUGAAAAUAAUCAAUUUAUGGAAAUUGUUGAAACUGAUGAUUCCAAAACAUGCAGUUCAGAGUGUUCUGCAUCAAGUGACGAUACUCUCACAGAACCACAGCUGGAAAAAGGCGUACAACCCAUUGCACUACAAUUUUCUCCUCCUCCCCAACGAAAACCAGGUAGUGCUUCAGAUUAUAUACAGUCUAUAUUUGGAAAGGAUAGAAAUUCUCCCAAAAAGUUAGACCCCCCAAAAAUCAAAGACAAAACCAAAAAGGAUAAUGUCAAGCCUCACCAUGAAGUUAAAUACAAAGAAGCUAAAACUGUUGCUGCAGUUCCAAACCAGAAGGAAGAACAAGAUUUUGCUGACAGUGAAGUUGACACUUACAAGACCCUUCUGUUAGCUAAAGUUUGUGAACUCGAAAAAGAAACAAAAAUAUUUAAAAAAGAAAAUUCUAAACUGCAAAAGCUCCAACACUUGGCAGUUGAAGAAAAGAAACAGCUAGAUGAUGAAAAACUCAGAUUACAUGAAGAAAUAGCUAGAGAGAAAAAAAGACUGAAAGACCACAUUGACCGUGAAAGGAAUGCUAUAUGGAAAGAAAAACAGGAACUUAAACAACUGACACCAUCAAUAACAAUGGCCAAAAACAACUCUCUCGAGGUGGUUUAUUUAAAAGAACAAAUUCAGGAUUUACACGAGGAAGCUAAGAAGAAAGAGUCGUUGAACCAAUAUUCCAUGAAAAAGUUAAAUGAUAGAAUCAAAUUAUUAGAAGAAGAAAAUAGACAAUUGAAAGAGAAAGCUUUAUAUGUUCAGAAUUUGGAGAAAGAAAAUUUAGAACUCAAACAUAAACUUGAUCGAACAAAACUGGGUGAAAAAAAAGCUGUUGUGGAUCAUCCAAAAAAUACUGCAAGAGGAAAGUUAAAGCCAAAACCAAAGUCCACAAUAGUUGAUGGUGUCAGCAGAUCACUGAAUAAAUUGGUGAAAUCCAAAGGAAGAGGAACAAUGGCCAUCAAUGAAUAUAAAAAUGAUGAUUGUGAUGAUAAACAUGUUGAGAGUGGUCAGGAAACUGGCCAACAUAAAAUUAACUUGCCCUCUUUCGUCAGUACAGAUGUUGAUCAAGUUGGCCGCACCAGGAAUGAGGGGAUAACUGCAUCCUUUGAGAAUGUUGAGAAAAACUUUGAUGACAUGAUUUUGACAGGAAGUGGUACAGGUACUCGGGUUGGUGCCCAUACUGGGGCUUUUCAACAACAAAAUGUAGAUAAGAGGCAAGGUAAUAUGCCUGCAGGAACCUCUGUAAAUGAAGCUCAAAACCUUGUGGAACCCAAAAAGGCAUUUCUACCUACUGAAGAUAAGAGUAUGGAUUUCACAGAGUCGUACAGGGAUGAUGGGACCAAAGAAAUUAUAUAUGCCAAUGGCAAUAAGAAAGAAAUUUAUCCAAAUGGAGUAAUUUAUGUCAGUUAUUAUAAUGGAGACCGAAAGGAGAUACACGGUGAUAGAACCGUUUAUAUAUAUGGCACAGAUCGCACGAGUCAUACAACUUUCAAUGAUGGAAAAGAAGUGUUGGUUUUCCCCAAUGGACAAAAAGAAACCCGCCUUCCGGAUGGAUCUUCAGAAAUAAUCUUUACGGAUAAUUCUCGAAAAAUAGCUCUUCAGGACGGAACUGAAAUGUGCAUUAUGAAAGAUGGGACUGUUGUUCGCUCAAACCCAGACGGCAGUAAAGUAUUUGAGUUUGUCAGUGGACAGAGAGAGAUUCAUACCAAUGCAGAGAAAAGACGAGAAUACCCAGAUGGAACCGUCAAGAUCUUGCACCAAGAUGGAAAGACCGAAACGCGCUAUAAAACAGGACGAACACGCAUAAAAGACUGCCAGGGUAACAUUAUUUUAGAUUCCCACUAAGGUUUCAUGGGGCAGUAUAUCAAGAGCGUUCACAUAUCACUGAUUUAUUUCCUAUGAUUUAAAUUUUUAUGCGUACUGUAGUUGUUCAGUCUUCAUACAUUUACCCUCUUGGUAAUUUAAACACACUUGAAUGUCAUCUGGUCUUUUGUAUGCUGCACAAUCAGUGGAUGCAUAAAUUUUUUUAAUUACACUGUACAUCAUCAAGAGAUUUUGAUUAUAAUAAGCUAAUACCGUACGAGUAAAGAUCUGAAUAUCUACGAGAGAUACGGUAUGUUCUGGUGUCCUGUUAUGGAUACAGGUAUUGGUUAGGUUAAAAUAGAAGUUUUCUUUUCCUACUGAGACAGUUUUCUGUUGCAUCAUUUAUUUUAUAGCCUUAAAAUAUUGGCCCAGCUUCUCAAGGUACUGCAUCAUACUUUAUAGAUGUGCAUAAUAUGACAUAUUAGCUUUAGCCUUUCAAUAUUAUAAAUUUCUUCUGAUUCUUGAGAAGAAACAUUUAGGGCAAAUACAGUAAUACCGUAUACGUGUAAUAAAGAUUACUGAUUUUGCAGCAUAGAAAUCAUGUAAAUUUCAAAUUUAUUUAUUAAUGUCGGGUAUCUGCAGAUGCCUUAUGGUUAACAUUGUUUACUGAAAUUAAAUUUUUGCUGUAAGCUAUUUCUUUUUCUAAUUUAUGGUGCAUCAUUAGGUACAGUAUACUUGUGCAGGCAAUGUGGGAAGUAAUAAACCGUCCCCUGCUUGGUAAUGUACAGGAUGGUCCACUUUAUUUAACCAUAAAGUAUCUAGGUAAUAGAAAAUGAGUAGCCUAUACAGUACUUACAUUCUAUAAUACUGUACAGUAAAUGUGUUCACCAUUAUCGUAAUUUGGUUAUCCUUUAGUACUAAGCUGUUAAGGUAUCUGCAGUAACUUUAGAACAAGCUUCAACCUUACAGUUUAGUGUCAAUGGAUAGCCAGAUUGUGAAAGUGGAUUUGAUAGAAUACCAUACACAUAAAUAAAUGUAGCUAGGCUCUCGGUAUUUAUUGCUCCCUGUUGUUCCACUUAAAUGGACCUGCCUAUAUUCUUUAUACACAGUAAUAUACCGGUAUGUGGAAGCUAAUUUUGGAUAUGUGAAGUAGAGAGAGAAUUCUUGUUUCCUUUUACCAUUUGCUUUAGUAUAUAUAUGAAGUUGUCCAAGUGAACAUUGAAAUGAGUUGAAUGAUCUGUACAUCUUAAAGGAUUAAGUCACAAAUUUAAGUUUGUAAAUGAAUUUUUUUGUGCCUUUGAAUUUUACUUCCACACUGAAUUGAAUGUACAACUGCUGCAGAGUUCGUGGAUUCCAUGAGACAUUUGAACUACUGUACAAUAUGUCUAACAGCUGUAUGUCAGUGGGUUUCCCUUGAUGUUAUUAGAAGCUGUAAAGAAAGUGGGAGGUUGAAACAUGUUCAAACAAUUCUAUCUUGUAUGUAGUGUGAGAGAAUUACCGAGGUUUAUAUUUACCCACAGCCUGGGAAGUGUCCGGUUGGUAAUGAGUGAAAAUUGUGUGCAAGGUGUCAUUGAGGCCCCUGGGUAGUACAGUAGUUGUUUUAAAAUUGUUUAACCAUUGUUGAACUAUUUUUUCCCAUUUCAUUCCCUAAAAAACUGCCUUCACUAGAUAAGUGUAUAUUGGAGAUUUUUAUUUAUAUACAAUAUAUAUAUAUUUCAAGUAGUGAUUAGUCUAAAACUUUCUUUUGAUUACAUGUUCUUUGUCUCAAUAAAUUGUGAAACAUA